UUUCUACAAAUAGCAGGAAAAACCCAACCAUACACACACUACCUUGUAUAAUCUCUCUCUCUCUCUCUCUCUCUCUCUCUCUUAAAAAAAAAAAGGAAAAAAAACUAUAUAUACACUGUGGGCUUCAAGUAAUUAGUUCUCUCUUAAGAAGAUGGUUAAGCAAAAGAUGGUUCUUAAGCUGUCAAUGGAGGAUCCCAAGAAGCGCUCAAAAGCACUUCAAAUUGCUGCUGGAUUCACUGGUGUAACAUCGACAUCGUUGGAAGGCGAUCGGAUCGUAGUAGUCGGCGACGGAGUCGAUCCAGUAACCCUAACGGCCGCACUGAGAAAGCGAAUGGGCUACGCAGAAUUGAUCAGCGUCGCAGUUGUUGAAGAGAAGAAAGAGGAAAAGAAAGAGACCGCGAUGAAGAGCGUUCAACCAACACCCCUUCCAUAUCAUAAUUUUACAGUUGUGCCACCAUACCCAUACCCUUACCCAUAUGCUGUUCAACAAGAUUGUAGCUAUGACAAUUCUUGUACAAUUAUGUAGGAAAAAAUAUAGCCUAGCAAUUGAAUUUGCAAUCAAAUUUCACCUCAUGUAAUUAAGAAUUUGAGUUUGUAUUUUUUGAAAGGUACAAUUAUAUGAAUUUGUGGUUAUAGUAAAUUGUUGUUAAUUAAGAUCAUCUCCGUUUUUAGUU